AUGGAAGGAAUUAGGUCAAUGAAGAAGGGCUCUAAGAAUGAUAAAGAAGCAUUCCAUGUACUCCACAAGGUUCCUUCUGGUGAUGGUCCUUAUGUCCGAGCUAAACUUGCUCAGCUAGUUCAAAAGGAUCCAGAAGCAGCAAUAGUAUUGUUUUGGAAGGCUAUAAAUGCAGGAGAUAGAGUGGAAAGUGCCCUUAAGGAUAUGGCAGUGGUAAUGAAGCAAUUGAAUAGAUCUGAAGAAGCUAUUGAAGCUAUCAAAUCUUUUAGGGUUCUUUGCUCCAAACAAGCCCAGGAAUCACUUGAUAAUGUUCUCAUCGACUUAUACAAGAAAUGCGGCAAAAUAGAUGAACAAAUAGCAUUGCUAAAGCAGAAGCUUUGGUUGAUCUACCACGGAAAGGUCUUCAAUGGAAAACCCACAAAAACAGCACGUUCUCGUGGCAAGAAAUUUCAAGUUUCCGUCGGACAAGAAACUUCACGAAUGCUGGGAAAUUUGGGCUGGGCCUAUAUGCAGAAAACAAACUACGUGGCUGCAGAGGUGGUGUACCGGAAAGCCCAAAUGAUGAACCCCAAUGCCAACAAGGCGUGUAACUUGGGCCUAUGUCUGAUCGAGCAAGCCCGGUACGAUGAAGCCCGGUCAAUUCUUGAAGAUGUAUUGCAAGGUAGACUUACAGGUUCUGAUGAUUUGAAAUGCAGAAAUCGGGCAGAGGAAUUGUUACUGGAAGUUGAAUCCAGGCAGCCUCCUGAAGAAUUGUCAAAUUUUAUGGGGCUUAAUCUUGAAGAUGAUUUUGUUGAUGGGCUUGAAAAGUUGAUGAGUGAAUGGGCCCCAUUCAGAUCCAAAAGGCUUCCCAUUUUUGAAGAGCUCUCACCAUUUAGAGAUCAGUUGGCCUGUUAGGGUUUUGUAUUUUUUUAAAAAAUAAAUAAAUAAUAUGUAAAAUGCCUGUAGUAUAAGACUUUCUUAGCUGUUUUUUUUUUUUUUUUCAAAUAGGGUGUGUUUAUUAUAUAUGUGGUAUAAGAUUGUUGCAUUACUAGAAAGUUUUGGUUAAUCAAAAUUAGUAGUGCAACCUUCCUUGAAAUUGUAAUGGUUCAUAACCACGAUCAGUAAAAAAAUGAGACUUUUACUUAUCAUAUGUUAAUUUUUCAAAAUCAGAAAUUUAUUUUUUAAAGUGAA